CCGGCCUCGAUAGCAGCGCGGGGUCUCCCGGCACCCCCGGCACCGCCGACAUGGCCCCCCCGACAGGGAAUGUCGUGGACAGCCAGGCCCCGCGUCCCUUGGCCAGCCAGCUGCGCUGGGACCUGACGGCCGAGCAGAUCGAGGCCAUGGCGGCCGAGCUGACCGAGAGCACCAAGCUCGUGUACGACCGCGUGGGAGCCCAGGAGCGCGGCGAGGUCUCCUACGAGAACACGCUCAAGGCUUUGGCCGACGUGGAGGUGGAAUACACAGUCCGUAGGAACAUGCUGGACUUCCCCCAGCACGUGUCCCCCUGCAAGGCCAUCCGCGCCGCCAGCACCGAGGCCGACAAGAAGCUCUCGGAGUUUGAUGUGGAGAUGAGCAUGAGGCAGGACGUGUACCAGAGGAUUAUGUGGCUCCAGGAGAAAGCAGAGAGUGCUUCCCUGAAGCCUGAGGCAAAGAGGUACCUGGAGAGGCUGAUCAAGCUGGGGAAAAGGAACGGGCUCCACCUCCCCGAGGAGACACAGGAGAAAAUCAAAGCCAUCAAGAAGAAGCUGAGCGUGCUGUGCAUCGACUUCAACAAGAACCUCAACGAGGACACCACCUUCCUGCCCUUCUCCAGGGAGGAGCUGGGGGGGCUCCCUGAGGAUUUCCUGAACUCCCUGGAGAAGACAGAGGACGGGAAGCUGAAGGUCACCCUCAAGUACCCACACUACUUCCCCCUGCUGAAGAAGUGCUACGUGCCCGAGACCAGGAGGAAGGUGGAAGAAAUGUUCAACUCCAGGUGCAAAGAGGAGAACUGCCUGAUCCUGAAGGAGCUGGUGGACCUGAGGGCUCAGAAGGCCAAUCUGCUGGGCUUCAGCACCCACGCUGACUUUGUGCUGGAGAUGAACAUGGCCAAGAGCAGCCGGACGGUGGCCACGUUCCUGGAUGAGCUGGCCCAGAAGCUGAAGCCCCUGGGGGAGAAGGAGCGGGCUGUGAUCCUGGACCUGAAGAAGAAGGAGUGCGAGAAGCGCGGGCUGGAGUUCGACAACCGCAUCAACGCCUGGGACAUGCGCUACUACAUGAACCAGGUGGAGGAGACCAAGUACAGCGUGGACCAGAACCUGCUCAAGGAGUAUUUCCCCAUGCAGGUGGUCACCACGGGCCUCCUGGCCAUCUACCAGGAGCUGCUGGGCCUCACCUUCCACCUGGAGGAGAAGGCUCAGGUGUGGCACGAGGACGUGCAGCUCUACACGGUGAAGGACGCGUCCUCCGGGGAGACCAUUGGGAAGUUCUACCUGGACCUGUACCCACGGGAAGGGAAGUACGGCCAUGCUGCCUGCUUUGGCCUCCAGCCCGGCUGCCUCUUGCCGGACUCCAGCCGCCAAAUCUCGGUGGCCGCCAUGGUGGCCAAUUUCACCAAGCCCACGCCGGAUGCCCCUUCCCUGCUGCAGCACGACGAGGUGGAGACCUAUUUCCAUGAAUUCGGGCACGUCAUGCACCAGCUGUGCUCUCAGGCGGAGUUUGCCAUGUUCAGCGGGACACACGUGGAGAGGGACUUCGUGGAGGCCCCGUCGCAGAUGUUGGAGAACUGGGUGUGGGAGAAGGAGCCUCUGCUGCGCAUGUCCAGGCACUACAAGACAGGGAGCCCCAUCCCCGAUGAGCUGCUGGAGAAACUCAUUAAAUCCCGGCAGGCAAACACAGGGCUCUUCAACCUGCGCCAGAUCGUCCUGGCCAAGGUGGACCAGGCACUGCACACCCAGACCAAGGCUGACCCCGUGGAGGUGUUUGCCCAGCUCUGUGAAGAGGUGCUGGGUGUCCCUGCCACCCCAGGUACAAACAUGCCAGCCACCUUUGGCCACCUGGCUGGGGGCUAUGAUGCCCAGUACUACGGCUACCUCUGGAGCGAGGUGUUCUCCAUGGACAUGUUCCACACCCGCUUCAAGCAGGAGGGAAUCAUGAACUGCAAGGUGGGCAUGGAUUACAGGAAGUGCAUCCUUCAUCCUGGUGGCUCCGUGGAUGCUUCGGACAUGCUGAAGAGGUUCCUGGGCAGGGAGCCCAAGCAGGACGCCUUCCUGGCCAGCAAGGGACUGAAGGUGGAGAGCAGCUCGGUGCCUUCAGCCUGAGAGGUGCUGCUGGGCCCUGGCAGGGGGGGAAGCUCCUGCCCACGCACCUGCCCUCGCCUGGUUCCUGUCACCAAACACCCCCUGCCUGGAGCUGCCCCUCUGAGCCCCUCCUGGGCUUUGGGACGGGGCUCUGUGGUGACACAGAGGUGACCUGCCCUUGUCACCACAGGGUUGUGGGUCACCCUCACCAAUUGGCUGAACUUUGAACCUGGUUUCUGCACAAGGGUGAGUUUUGGCCUCGUUUGGAGCCAGGGAGGAGGGGGAGAGGAGUUCCCAAACUUGAAUCUUUGUUUUUAAAUUCCUUCUCUUUUAAGAAGCCUCGUUGUUGUUGUUGUUGCCACCUUGGCUUGGUUUGUGACACAGUUGUCACCAGGGCAGGGACAGUCCUGCUCUCCCCAUCUUUGGGCAGCUCUUGGCUGUGCAGAAAAGAUGGGGAGAUCCCAGAGCUCAAAACCCACAGGGAAUUAACUGGAACAUCCUGCCCUGAACCCCUCAGGGACCUUCCUGCCUGGCAGGGGGACAGAGGUGGCCAGUGCAGAUGUUCCAGAACAGGAGCUUUGGGGACCUCUGUGGCCUCUGUGUCCCAGGGCCAUCUCAGGGUCAUCCUGGGGCCACCCCAGGCCAGCCAGGGGCUCAGGCUGUGGCAGCUGAGGGUGUUGCUGUUGCUGUCAGCUCCUGGGACAGGGCAGGGUUGUGUUUAUGACUGAAAACACCCGAGCUGACAGCUUCAAACAACACAAAUGCCGGGAUAAAAAUAUCCCUGGGCUCCGUGCCAGGCCUUGAGCUGCCGGCCACGGGAGGGGCAGCAGCCAGCCCGGGCUGUGCCACCUGCCCCAGGCUGUCCCCAGCGUGCCCCAAGGCAGCCCGGGCUGUGCCACCUGCCCCAGGCUGUCCCCAGUGUGUGCCCCAAGGCAGCCCGGGCUGUGCCACCUGCCCCAGGCUGUCCCCAGCGUGCCCCAAGCCAGCCCGGGCUGUCCCCAGUGUGCCCCAAGCCAGCCCGGGCUGUGCCCCCUGCCCCAGGCUGUCCCCAGCGUGCCCCAAGGCAGCCCGGGCUGUGCCACCUGCCCCAGGCUGUCCCCAGUGUGUGCCCCAAGCCAGCCCGGGCUGUGCCACCUGCCCCAGGCUGUCCCCAGCGUGCCCCAAGGCAGCCCGGGCUGUGCCACCUGCCCCAGGCUGUCCCCAGUGUGCCCCAAGCCAGCCCGGGCUGUGCCGCCUGCCCCAGGCUGUCCCCAGUGUGUGCCCCAAGCCAGCCCGGGCUGUGCCACCUGCCCCAGGCUGUCCCCAGCGUGCCCCAGGACCCUGUGUGGCACAGGGUGUUGUGGCACAAGGCUCCUGACCCCUGUCUGGGGCUUCCUUGGGGGCUGAGGAGCUUCAGGGGGAGCUGGGAUUUGUGUCCCACCCCUUCCAGCCUCGGGUGCAUUGUGUGAGGCCAUUUCAGGGCCGUGGGAUCCAUCCCUGCCUCUCUGCCGUAGUUUGGGGACACGAGUGACAGCUGAGUGCCCCAGCUCACUGCCACCACCCCAGCACUGCAGGCUGUUCCCUGUCCUUUGUCACCAGCGCGGCUCUGGCGCUGGGACGAGGCUCCCCCCCAGUGCAGACACAGUCGUUGCUGUCACCUCUGUCCCCCAGGCCCCGCUGGUGACACGGGAAGGUCGGUGACGCCCCCUGGGCGGGUCUGGAAGCGGCUCCUUGGUGCUUGCUGGGGCCACCUCGAGCAUCUUGUCCUUGUCCCCUCCCCUCUGUGUUUUAGGCACGGCCUCCGGGCCGCCCCUGGGUGUUUUUAGUGUCCUGUUUUACUGAGCUUUUCAGCGUUUUCUCUGACUCCUCUCUCAGAGGGAGAGAGAAGUGAAGCUGAACAGGGAAACCACGCACUUUCCUCCCUCUGUCCCCUCUCCAGUGUCCCCACUGCCCCAUGGGGGUGACCUGGCACCUCUCCAGUCCCAGCACCAGGACAUGGAGCUGCACCUCCCCAUCCUCAUCCCCAUCCCAGGCUGGCAGGGAAGAGAGAGCUCCUUUUUAUUUUGGAGGUUUGGAUUUCGGGGGUUGUUUUUUUUUCCUGUUAACAGUUUUAAAGGGCAAACUGGUGUGUGUGUGUGUGUGUGUGUGUGCGUGUGUGUGUGCGCCGUUCGUACUGGUCACGUCCCACCCCCUGCUUGUUUUCCAUGACUGGAUUUUAGACGGUUCCCAGCACUAAUAAAGGUUUUCCUCCGCGGA